ACUCUAGUCGAUCGAUAUAUUUUGAAAAAAGUUUUGACACUGUUUUAACUAAGGGUAUUCGGCUCAUAAGUAUAAAAUGUUUAACAUCAGUCAUAAAUAUGUCAAGAUUUGUAGAGAAAACAUUCGAAACUCUAAACUCUGUUCUUAACAAUUCAGGCCUUUUCAAUCCUAGCCAAGAUAAGUCUUUUCACAAGUUUCAGUUUCAUUGGGCUGUAGACUCGAAUGCUUUUUUAAGCAAUUUAAAAAAUGCAGAAACGAAGCAGGAAGAGGAAAAUAUUAUCACUACAUGUUUGGCUGCCAUGAAGAAAAGAUUAUCAGAUGCAGAAGUGUCAAAUGCUGAGGUGGAAAAUAUGGUAAAAAUGUGCUUUAUUUGUGAGACUAUGGGAUAUUCUACCCCUUUCAUUUACGUACAUAGUAUAAAACUUGCACAGAAGGGAAAUCUUCAAGAGAAACACACAGGGUAUUUAGCAACAUCUUUCUUUCUUCAUCCUCAUCAUGAACUGGUGAUAUUAUUAAUAAAUACCAUGCAGAAAGAUCUUUGUAGCUCUAAUUACAUGGAAGUGUUAUUUGCAUUAACAUGUGUAUGCAACCUUAUUAAUUCUGAGACUGUCCACAAUGUUCUGCAUCUGGUUCAAGAUAGACUAAAUCAUGAGAAAGCUGAUGUUCGAAAGUUAGCUGUUUUGGCACUUGGUCAUUGUCUUCAAUUAGCUGGAAGCCAAAGUGCUGAUCUGAUGGCUUUCCCCAAAUUAGAGAAAGUUUUAUCUGAUAGUGAGCUAGAAGUUGUGGCUGCUGCUGUGCAAACUAUUUUUAAAGUUAUACAGAGAUUACCUUCAGAUUUCGCAUACUUGAUCGACAGUUUAGUGGAUUUGCAAGAUCAAAUUUUACUCAGGAGAAUUCCACGUAGUAUGAAUUACUGUGAUAUUCCUGCACCAUGGUUGCAAAUUGACAUCAUAAAAAUGCUAUCCUUUCUGUGUAAGAAACCAGAGCAUUGUCAAAAGCUGACAUCAAUCUUAAAGAAAACAUUGCUGCAAACUGGCCAGCAGAAUUCUAUGUGUCAUGCUAUCAUGUAUGAAGUAAUUCAAGCAUUAACUCAUAUGGAAACAAAUGUAGAAUUAACUGAGCUUGUUUUAUCAUCUGUUUCUACAUUUUUGAAAUCAAAGAAUGUAAACUUGAAAUUAAUAGGCAUCGAAGCUUUAAUUUCAGUUGUGAAGAGAAUAAAACCUAGUAUUACAAGUGUGCAGCAAGAAAUAAUUAUGGAAUGCCUCAAAUUACCAGAUGAAACAUUGCAGCUUAAGACAUUGGAUCUGAUAUAUCAGUUGGCCAAUCCAUCAAAUGUCAUUGCCAUCUGCAAAAAGAUGAUGGAAUUUAUAACUUCAAGUGUGGACAAUGAGAAGAAAAGAGAUUUGUCUAUGAAAAUUCUGCAAUUAGCUGAAAAAUUCAAAGAUGAAAAUGAAUGGUAUAUUUCUGUUAUAAUUGAUGUUCUUUUGAAUGCUGGUGAUGUUCUGCCUGCUUUUAAUAUACAUGGCGUCAUCAACAAGAUUUGUAAAGAUGAUAUGUUGAAGAAUCUUGCAAAGAAAACAUGUCUAAAAUUAUAUAAAGAAAAACAGUGUCUUCCUCCUUCCAUUAUCAAAGUUAUUGCAUCAGUAUUGAUCACUUCAUCUGAAUUUGAAGAAGUUUUGCCAUCUCUAUUGGAAACAGCUGAUGAUGUUUCUGCAUCUUGGCUUUUGAUUUCACUAUUAGAACUCAUUUUAAAAACUAAAGAAAUUUCAUCUGAUUUUGUACAUAUGUUGAGGAAUAUGGAAGUUAAGCCAGAAGGUGCUUCUCAGGUUUUGAAUCAGCUACUUAAUGUUAUUGACUGCUUGCCAGAAUUAAAAGAUUAUGAGGAAACUGAAGAAAUUGAUCCAUCUUUAACAUUUUUGGACAAUUUUGUUAUUGAAGCUCUAGAAAAAAGUUCUUCCUGCUAUCAACCACUGAGUUAUCGCUUAACCCCUCUGCCAAAUGAACAGUCUGCUCCAAACUUUCAAACAAAGUCUGAUAGUUUCUCUGCUGAUUGUAGUGAAAUGUCACUUGCUCAAAACUCAGGGACUACUCCAUCCCAAUUGUCCCCAAUGUAUAAUGUAUUUAGUUCUCCAAGUACUUCAUUUCAAAGUCUCUCUAGUGAAAAGGAUAUUUCUGUAACUCUACCAAAGGCCAAAGUAGUAUGGACAAGUGAAGGUAGAGGGAAAACCAGAAGCAAAGGUGACAGUCCAUCAGAGAGUGAUAAAACAUGUGAUCAAGAUGAUAAAGAUGAAGACUUACUUGAACUGUUUGCUGGAGUAUCUUAAAAUACAGUUCUGUUUUAGAAAUUAAUUUGAUAACUUUCAAAACUCAAAAUUAUACAAUUAAUUUUAUUGAAUAAAUAUAUUUUGAUGUUAUACA